CUCCUGAGCUGAGGCUGCUAGGGAUGGGGAAAGGAAAGGCUCGGUUAAAAUUAAGAAACAUUACCGCUGUUUAAAAAAAAACAAACAACAACAACAACAAAAAAAAACAGUUUUAGUCACAGACCUGCGUUCAGUACUGGGUUUGGCUAUUACUUAGGCUCGUGUGCAAACUGCCUAGAUCUUUUUUUUUUUUCUUUUAAUGUGCGAUAUUGAAAUAUUGCUAUAAAAUAGCAAAAUCGCAAAGAAAAAGCACACACACAUGUGGCCGUAACGUAAAUCAGCCCUGUCAAGGGCAUUUUGAAAAGCGUGCAUUCAUUAUUUUUAUUUUUGUUGAAUAUAUUAUUGUUGUUGUAUUUAAUGAAAUUGCAUAUGCGUUAUUUUCAGUGUAUGUCUUUGGCUUUGUUUCCUUAGCGUAAGAAAAGUAAACAAUUAAAAACGAACAAUGAUUCCAAACUGCCUGCCCCAAGGAGAGGUGUACCAUGCGUCAGAAGAACUGGCAAAAGAAGCGCAUGUACCCAGCUUUCAAAAAUACAAAGAGCUUUACUUGAAAUCAGUUAACAAUCCUGAAGAGUUCUGGGGUGACAUUGCCAAAGAGUUCUACUGGAAAAGCAAACAUAGAGGCCAGUUCCUGGAUUAUAACUUUGAUGUGACGAAAGGAAAAAUCUACAUCAGAUGUAUGGAAGGAGCCACGACCAACAUCUGCUACAAUGUCCUGGAUAGGAACGUCAAGGAGAGAAAGCUUGGGGAUAAAAUAGCGUUCCUGUGGGAAGGAAAUGAACCGGGAGAUGAGAUGAAAAUCACCUACCGAGAACUGCUGCUGGAGGUCUGCAAAUUCGCAAAUGUGUUGAGAUCGCAAGGGGUGAAGAAGGGUGACUGCAUCUCUAUCUACAUGCCCAUGAUUGUGGAACUAGUGGUUGCCAUGUUAGCCUGUGCCCGAAUCGGAGCAGUGCACUCCAUUGUGUUUGCAGGAUUUUCUGCAGAAUCUCUAUGUGAACGAAUCUUGGAUUCAAGCUGUGUCCUGCUCAUCACUGCUGAUGGGUUUUACAGAGGCGGUAAACUAAUUAACUUGAAGCUAAUAGCUGAUGAAGCACUCCUGAAAUGUAAAGAAAAAAAUCUCCUAGUGAAGAAGUGCAUUGUGAUAAAGCACCUGUGCAAAGAGGAGGUCAGCUGGGACGAGUCCUCAUGCUGCUCACAGUCGCCUCUGGCCAAGAGAGCCUGUCACAGCGUGCAGGUUCCCUGGAACCCGGACGUUGACCUGUGUUGGCACAAGCUGAUCCAAGACGCUUCCGAAGAGUGCGAUCCUGAAUGGUGCGAUUCAGAGGACCCCCUCUUUGUACUGUACACCAGUGGCUCCACUGGUAAGCCAAAGGGUGUACUGCACACAGUGGGAGGAUACCUCCUCUACACCGCGGCCACGUUUAAGUAUGUGUUUGACUAUCAGCCUGAUGAUGUGUACUGGUGCACAGCUGAUAUCGGGUGGAUCACAGGACACUCCUACAUCACGUACGGACCCCUCGCCAACGGGGCUACCAGCGUACUGUUCGAAGGCCUCCCCACCUAUCCAGAUGUGAGUCGACUCUGGGAGAUUGUAGACAAGUACAAAGUCACUAAGUUCUACACGGCACCAACUGCCAUCCGGUUACUCAUGAAGUUUGGAAAUGAGCCUGUCCAAAAAUACAGUCGCAAGUCUCUGAAGAUCCUGGGGACAGUUGGGGAGCCCAUUAACCCUGAGGCCUGGCUGUGGUACUACAACAUUGUGGGGGAAAAAAGGUGCCCCAUUGUGGACACUUUCUGGCAGACAGAGACUGGAGGCCAUGUGAUGACUCCUCUUCCUGCUGCCACGCCCAUGAAACCAGGGUCAGCGACGUUCCCUUUCUUUGGAGUGGUUCCUGCCAUCCUCAAUGAGUCUGGGGAGGAGCUGGAAGGAGAAGCUGAAGGAUAUCUGGUGUUCAAGCAGCCGUGGCCCGGAGUCAUGAGGACAGUCUAUGGUAACCACCAGCGGUUUGAGACCAUCUACUUCAAGAAAUUCCCAGGGUACUAUGUUACAGGAGAUGGCUGCAGGAGGGAUACAGAUGGAUACUACUGGAUUACUGGAAGGAUAGACGACAUGGUGAACAUUUCUGGUCAUUUGCUGAGCACUGCCGAGGUAGAGUCUGCGCUGGUUAAGCACUCUGCGGUGGCAGAGGCAGCCGUCGUCAGCCACCCACACGACGUCAAGGGGGAGUGUCUUUACUGCUUUGUGACGCUGAAAGAUGGGCAAGAGUACACCGAAGCACUGGAGGCAGAGCUCAGAAAACAAGUCAGAGAAAAGAUUGGACCCAUUGCGACCCCUGACUAUAUACAGAACGCACCUGGGUUACCCAAAACACGCUCAGGCAAGAUCAUGAGGAGGGUAUUGCGCAAGAUUGCCCGGAAUGACAAGGACCUGGGCGAUAUCUCCACGCUCGCUGAUCCUACUGUUAUAGAGCAGCUCUUCAACAACCUCUGCGUGCUGUAAUCGCAGCGUCUACUGUCGAUUUGUACAGCUGCUAUAAUCACAGCGUUACUGCUGUUUGUAAAGCUACAUUAAAGAAAGGAAGGGUUGCACAAAAUGUGGAGAAGAGAACCAAAUUUUUAAAAAUAAGCUCAUUUUAACUUUUAACCUGUUUCUGCUCAUGUUAGACUACAAAGGGGCCUGGGGAAUUCAUUUUUAUGUUUUUAUUUUUUUUCUGUUAAGCAGUUUGUAAAGAUCCUACAAAGACAGGAUCGGUGCUUAAUUAAAACGUCUUUUAUAUUACCAGUUCAACACUAAGACACUAUAGGAAUGAAAUGCAUUGUGUUUUGUGCUGCAAGUUAUAACAAUGUUGGGAUAGAUUUAGUGUUCCGCAGCAUCUUCCUCGGACCUCUUUACUGGUCUGUGGUACUGAAACAGUUCACUUGCCAAAAAUAGGUGUUCCCCUACUGCCUUGAGCCUGGUGAUCCUGUCCAUGGUUUCUCUGGGUAUGAACAUAAGGGGAUUACUGGAUGAACAUAUUUUUCUAGGAGGCUGUUAUUUCAUCAGGUCCUGAAAUAAAAAUUGGUCGACCAUUGAAAAUGACCUGUUUAGCAUCCUUCUAUAUGUUCCCAGGUGAAUUUCAAAGGGCACAAAAAUUGAAAGAUAAUGCAGACUUGUGCAUGCUGAUGCAAAAUGGUUUUUAUUGAGAAGUUUCAAAAAUGCAAUGCGGUUUUGCAUCUUCAGAAGCAGGCCUGUGCCUUAGAAAUCACUGAGCCCCGCUGUGGCCUGUUCUUAAAGCAGUUUGCUCCAGUCUGUAAUUUAUUCCCUAUUGUUUUAAUGGGGGGUGAUGAGAGAAAUCCAUUUUACACAAUGAGGAGGACCUGUAAAUGAGCUACAGAGUGGUUUCAUUCCAGUUUUGCUACAUGAACAGCUGUUUGUUCUUAAAAUAGGAGUACAUUACAUCCUGGAACAAAAUGAUUAGAGGACAGGCACUCGGUCUGUGUGUUUUCUGUGUUUUUAAAAGUCCUGACCUUUCCAGCUUAAACUGUCAUUCACGUUUCUCUUGUUCAUUUAAAUGACAGCUACUUGAUUGUACUUGUUCACUAUCUAUCAUCUUGGUUAUCCAUCAUCCUUGUUUUACUUAAUUAGUAUCUUGUAUCAUACCUGUUGAUUGCGACAACUCAUGUUUUUGUUUUAUUUUCGUGAUCCAAACACGCCUAUGGUUAAGAAAAAGGGGGCUUUGUAAAUCGUGAAUUUAUAAAAGUAUUCAAAAAGUGUAAACUAUGCACCGUUCCUUCCUUUCUUCCAGUCCUCAUUUGAUGCAGGGUGAAAAAGUGCAUUACAUUUGAAUCUUGCAGUGUCAUCUAGUUGAGUAGAAACAUUAAUCAGAGUAUUAACAUCAGGGGGCAGCAGAAACGAGGUUUCAACAGUGACAAUACUAGUAAAACAAUUGAACCAGUCAGGAGUCUGAGAGGUUGAAUACUCAGGUUUAUUUUUUCUUUCAACCCUACCUUACAAAAACACACACCUCUAAUGUGUAACUGGAUCUGUGUGCAAUUAGAAACGACUGGACUGGAGCACUGCUAGGAGUCUGCCCUUGGAGCAGCACACACUGGUUGUUGGAACUGAACACUCCACAGCAAGCAGGUGCAGGUCAGUGGUGUUGAUUGAGCUGAUUCACCAUUCUGGUUUAUUCUAUGUAAGUGUACUGGAUUAUGGCACUCCUGGGUUAAGUAGGAUAGAAGGCAAAUUGUAUUUGUGUCUUAGAUGAAGCAAAAAUGUACCACAAACAUGUACAUUUCAACCUGCUGUAAAAGUAAUGUGUUCUGAACAGCUUGCAACUUUUUGAUUGUGUUAAAAGGAGAAAUUUUGGUUUGUAGGUUGUGGUUUUUAAGAGCAGGCAUAUUUGUGGAAUGUUUGUGUGCGUGCAUUUAAGAAAUCACUUUUAAUUACUGCACUGUGUAAUACAUUUUUGGUCUGUCAGUACGAUGUGGCUAUGUGUUAAACAAUGCUAAAUGUCAUUUCAGUAAUUGUUCUGUCCCCUCAUACAGUAUGAGAAGCCAGUGUAAAAAUACAAGCUUCAUAAUAAGAAUGGCAACAUUUUAUUCCUCAGUUCAAGCAAGUAGUAGAAGCUCACGAUCCUGUAGUUGAGUCAAAGUGACAACCUUGUAUCAUUCCUAAAUUUAAGCAAAGAGGCUUCUUUUUAUGAAUAGUUGAGCUACUGUGACUUUGAUGUAAAACCACAAGACGUGUACUUGUGGUUAGUAGUUAUUACCAGGGCAUAAAUAAUGGUUUGAGCUGACUUCAUGUGUAAUAAUGAAUCGCAAAUGUGGUUUUGUGUUUAGCUUUUCUAUGAAUGUUAUGUGCGAUAAACCAGUUUUUCCCCCAUUGUUUUGUUGACCACUGUAUUGACAAAUACAAGAGAUGUAAAAGAGAAAUUGUGCCUGAGGACAUGGAAAAUCAAAUGUUUGUCAUCUUGCUUUUUGUAAAUUUAAAAUAAAUCUUAAUAAAAUAUA